UGAAAUGAUCCUGAUUGCUUCCAAAAAUAUUAACUUUACAUCCUUGUCAUAUAUAUUGGAGAAAAUUCGAUUUGAAAGCCAAACCCUUUCUCUUCCAAGCAUUUAACUCAUUUUUGGCGGCAAAUUGCUGAAAAUUGGGGAAUUUGGAGCCUGAGCAAGGGUUUAUCGAGACUCUAAUAAAUUUUGCUUCAGUUUAAGGCCAUUUUGAUUAGCACCCUCUUUAUGAGAGAAGAAUUUUCAGAGGAAAAGGGAUUUAAGGUACAUCAAUGGCUGACGGUGAGAAGGAGACUUCUGCCACUAUCCGGCCGAUAAACAAGGGCGUCGUUCACCGGAUAUGUGCCGGUCAAGUCAUUUUAGACCUCUCCUCCGCCGUAAAGGAGCUCGUCGAGAAUAGCUUGGACGCCGGCGCCACCAGCAUUGAAAUCGCCCUCAAAGACUACGGUGAAGAAUCCUUCCAAGUCAUUGACAACGGUUGCGGCAUUUCCCCGAACAACUUCAAGGUCCUUCAGACACUCCCCUGAUAAUUUACUUGAAUGAUGUUAUUCGUUUCAAAGCUCAUUAGGGAAUUGCAUUUUUUGGUAAUAGGUUCUUGCACUGAAGCAUCAUACAUCCAAGUUAUCAGAUUUUCCUGACCUUCAAUCAUUGACGACAUUUGGGUUCAGAGGUGAAGCUUUGAGCUCCCUUUGCGCGCUUGGUGAUUUGACUGUGGAGACGAGAACAAAGAAUGAAGCAGUUGCCACCCACUUGACUUUCGACCAUUCUGGGGUGCUUGUUGAUGAGAGGAAGACAGCACGUCAAGUUGGCACCACCGUCACUGUUAAGAAAUUGUUUUCCCGUUUGCCAGUGAGGAGCAAAGAGUUUCACCGCAAUAUUCGUAAGGAGUUUGGAAAGCUGAUCACUUUAUUAAAUGCUUAUGCCCUUAUUUCUAAGGGAGUUAGAUUAUUAUGCUCAAAUACAACUGGAAGAAAUGUGAAAUCUGUGGUACUGAAAACACAAGGAAGUGGAUCCCUUAAGGAUAAUAUUAUAACAGUGUUUGGUAUGAACACUUUUACCUGCUUGGAGCCUUUGCAAGUGAAUAUAUUGGAUGGUUGUACAGUUGAUGGCUUCCUUUCAAAGCCUGGAUAUGGAAGUGGGCGCAAUUUAGGGGAUAGGCAGUUCUUUUUUGUAAAUGGUCGUCCCGUGGAUAUGCCUAAAGUGGGCAAGCUUGUGAAUGAGUUGUACAGAGGUGCAAACUCCCGGCAAUACCCAAUUGCAAUCAUGAACUUCUCAGUUCCACCAAGAGCUUGUGAUGUAAAUGUUACCCCUGACAAAAGGAAAAUAUUUUUCUCCGAUGAAGGUUCAAUUUUGCGCUUACUAAGAGAGGCUUUUGAGAAGAUCUACUCGCCAAAUCAGGCUAGUUAUGCAAUUCAAGAAUUUGAGGAGCACACUAAGAAGGAUUCUUCAGCCCAGAAAAAUACUCGAGUGGAGAAUUUUAAGCUCACAAGGCAGCCACCUCAGAAUGACAUGGAUGGAGAGAAAUCUUGUGACAGAAAACAAUUUGUUGACAGUGAGACUCUUCUUACACCAGAGAAAGAGAGCGUCACUGAUUUUCCCGAAGUAGAAGUGAUGGAAACACAAUGUAUUCAUUCAACACGAAAAGAUUUUAUUUUAAGAGCCCACUCAACUAAGAAGGAAGACAUCACCUCUGUAGGUUCCUGUAAGGAACUUAAAGAACUUGAUGUUGCUGCAGAUAAUCAUUCUUUGCACGCUGAUUCAAGGUCUAUAAGUAAAGUAGACGAUGAUAGUUUAUCUGUACAUAGUCCCUCAGCACUUUUCCAGUCAUCGAUCAGUAAAUUUGUUACUAUAAACAAGAGGAAACAUGAGACUAUUAGCAUGCCAAUCUCAGAAGUUCCUGUCCUUAGAAGUAGAACGGCACUCAGUCAAUUAAGAGAACUCAAGUUUGACAAGGAAAGGACAACCAUGAAAUCUCCAGUCAACUCUAUUAAUAUUGGUGACUCAGAUGCAGGUGAUAACAGUGAGUCCAAAGCUUCUGAAAUCAGCGGAACUGACAGAAUAUCCAUCGAGAUGGAUGCACCAGCCUCUGAUGAAGGAAUAAUGCUAAAUGGAGAACCGGAAGAGUCUCUGAAUGUUGGGAGGAUAUCAGUCAUGACUAGCAAUAGUAGGGAAAAUGUGUCUGAAGGCCUCCAUGAAGCAACUGCUGAAUUGCACUCCUGUAGCCCAUCUGAUCCACCUUCAGAGUCUCUGAUAUCUGGUCGGAAAGUUGGUUCGCCAUUGCAAUUUAGUUUCAAUGAACUGAUAACAAGGAGGCGGCUUAAGCUUGCUAGAUUAAGAAGUACCAGCAAUCACUUAUCCGCAAAAAGAAAUAUUAGAGGGUCUUACACCGCUGCUACUUUAGAGCUCUCUCAAUCGACAAACGAGGAGGGGAAGUCGAGGGCUUUAGCUGCUGCCACUAAUGAAUUGGAAAGGCUGUUCAAAAAGGAAGACUUUGCCCGAAUGAAGGUUAUUGGCCAGUUCAAUCUUGGGUUUAUCAUUGGGAAGCUAGAUCAAGAUCUUUUUAUUGUGGAUCAACAUGCUGCAGAUGAGAAAUAUAAUUAUGAGAGGCUGUCGCAGACCACAGUCUUAAACCAGCAACCUUUACUUCGGCCACUGAGAAUGGAGCUAUCUCCGGAAGAAGAAAUAGUCAUUUCAAUGCACAUGGAAACAAUUAGGAAAAAUGGUUUCUUAUUGGAAGAGGAUGUGGAUGCUUCUCCUGGACGUCGUUUUAUGCUGAAAGCAGUUCCUUUCAGUAAAACUAUAACUUUCGGAGCCACUGACCUGAAGGAACUCUUGUCCAUUCUUUCUGAUGAUCAUGGAGAAUGCUCAAUGAUUGGCAGUUACCGCACAGAUACUUCUGAUUCAGUUUGCCCUUCCAGGGUUCGUGCAAUGCUUGCAUCACGUGCCUGUAGGUCAUCUGUUAUGAUAGGGGAUCCGCUUGGGAGAAAUGAAAUGCAAAAGAUUCUUGAACAUUUGACCGACUUGAAGUCUCCAUGGAAUUGCCCGCAUGGCCGGCCGACAAUGCGUCAUUUAGUUGAUUUAACAACUGUUUACAGAAAAAUUAACCGGGAACACCUGCCUUGAUCAUCCUGACAUCCUUUCUGUUUUGCUUCAAAAAUUUGUAUCUACAAGCGUAGCCUUUAUUUUUGUCAAAUCUAGUCAGGCCUCUGUAUUUAUAAGUUGCCAGCCUGAGUAUAGGGAGCACAGCUAUGAAAAUGCUCAAGGAGCUUAUCAUAAACCCUGUUGGCGUUUUCUUUACUCUGGUUACUGGUUAGGAACUCUUGUGAAUGAAGGUGAAGAAAUAUGAUGAACUAACGAGGUGGUUAAUUUAUCUUCAUCUUUUGUCUUUGUUGUAUUCUUCUCUAACAAAUUUUUCGUUAGCCAUUCUUAACAGCUAUACUGUGGUUCAAGUUUCAAGUGAU